AUGAAACAACAAGACGAUUUAGAAAAAUAUCAAGACAUUGAUGCUACCAACAAUGACAUUAAACCAAUAAUUUCUUUUACUAAAGAAGAUAUUGAAGAUGGUAAGAACCCUAAGAAUCAUCACGUUAUAACCACAAUCACAUCUUCUGAUGGUAAAAAAAUCAAUAUUACCAAUGAUGUUGAUCAAGCCAUGGAAGCAGUAUUAUCAAAUGAUAAUGAACCGCCAAUUAACUUUGAUGAUAUAUCUUCAACUGAAUGGAAGAAAUUAUUAUUAAAAAUUGAUUUAUAUUUAAUCCCCAUUAUGUGUUUAUUAUAUUGUUUCCAAUUCAUGGAUAAAAUGACCACUAGUUAUGCUUCCAUUUUAGGAUUACGUCAAGAAUUAAAAAUGGUAGGGGAUAUGUAUAGUUGGACGGGGACAUCAUUUUAUUUAGGAUAUCUUGUAUUUGAAUUCCCAGCAUCAAUGUUAUUACAACGAUUCCCUGUGACUAAAACAGUAUCAGUUUUCAUUAUUUUAUGGGGGGUUAUAUUAUGUUUACAUUCUGUACCUAAUCAAUAUGGUGGAUUUAUUACAUUAAGAACUUUAUUAGGAAUGUUAGAACUGGCAGUGACACCAGCAUUCACGAUUAUAACAUCACAAUGGUAUAAAAAAGAGGAACAAUUUUUAAGAACGGCAUUUUGGUUUGGAUCUAAUGGAAUGGGUAAUAUUAUUGGUCUGGCUAUUGCUUAUGGAUUAUAUCAAAAUCAAAUCAAUUAUAGUAUUGAUGCUUGGAAAUUGAUUUUCAUCGUCACCGGUUGUUUAACAAUAUUUGUUGGGAUGAUUAUAAUGGUUCAUAUUCCUGAUACUCCCACCAAGGCAUGGUUUUUAAAUGAUAAAGAGAAAAGAAUGGUGGUUGAAAGAAUUAGAACUAAUCAACAAGGUUUUGGUAAUACUCAUUUCAAAAAGCAUCAAUUUAUUGAAGCAGUUAUGGAUCAUAGAACUUGGUUAUUUAUAAUUUAUUCAAUUUCUAGUAAUUUACCUAAUGGGGGGUUAACUAGUUUUCUGGCAAUUUUAUUAAAUGGAGAUUUUGGUUAUAAUUUAACUGAAUCAUUAUUAAUGCAAAUGCCACCUGGUGCAAUUGCUGUUGUUGGAUGUAUUAUCCUUGCUUAUUGUGGGAAAUUCACUUCAUCAAGAUUAAUUAUGGGGAUGAUAUCACAAAUUGUUGUUAUUAUAUGUAAUUGUUUAUUUACAUUUGCUAAAAAUGAUAAAGCAAGAUUAGCUGGUCUUUAUAUUAGUGCUGUGGGUCCCGUAGGUUUCAUUUGUUGUAUAUCUUGUGUUUCUUCAAAUGUUGCUGGUCAUACUAAAAAAAUCACCGCUAAUGCCAUGUUUUUAAUUGCUUAUUGUGUUGGUAAUCUUGUUGGUCCACAAACUUUUAUUGAAUCUCAAGCUCCAAAUUAUGUUGGUGCUAAAAUUGCCAUUGUCAUUUGUUCUUGUGUUUCAUUUAUUACUUUGGUAUUGAUUUAUUUAUCUUAUUACUGGGAUAAUAAAUCAAGAGAUAUUAAAGCACGUAAUAGUGAAGAUGCUGAUUUAAUGAAUCAUAUUGAAAAUUAUGAAUUUGCUGAUUUGACUGAUAAAGAAAAUUUGAAUUUUAGAUAUAGUCUCUAG